AUGUGCGACACUGACCACUACAGGCCAUCAUUCGUUGGAUCACGAGCACGUAACAUUUACGAUGCUGCUUCGCUUCCUCAGCGGCUUACCCUUGUGGCUCAGAUAAUCUACCUUAUGCGACAACAUCCUAUUUCGGUCGUUCGAGCACAAACAUCACAGCAGUUCAUCUCGAGCAUGUACACGCCAUCCAGGGCACUCGGACACGUACACGUCACUCUUGAACACGUAAACAGUGUUGUUGAAUAG